UUUAUCCGUCAGCUAAGCGGAAAAUGGAUAGUUAAGCGGCAGCGGGCCCUAAUGACAGACUGUGAACACACCUCCUCUGGUGCGCUCAGGACGGAUAUUAGGGCUGUCUCCUAAAUGCAGUGGAAGGGGAACCUUUUUCCUAAGGGCCAAUUCAAAUUUUAUAAUAUCCUUUGAGGGCUAAACUACUGUAAUACUGAUAAAACAACACAAAGAUAAACAGUCAAAUGCCAAAAAAAUGGAAGAAUACUGGUUCAAAGACCUGCAUGAGAUCAACGAAGCCUGGAAGAAGACACAAUGAAAAAAAAACUGCUACUAAUAUUAACAACUGCAUACUCAUCAUUCCAACCAACGCGUCCAUGAAAAGCUCCUCAAUAGUCCACUCCUUUGCCCUGCCUCGUUGAUGCGGUGGGUUGCGGUGCCGUGCGGUAUCUCAGCUGCACUGUAACUUUAACUGUCCUCUGACGGAGCUGAGCUGCGGCAGCCUCCUCAGCUCACCGAAGGGAACAAUUUGUUGUUGCUUAUGUUCCCCUCCCGGGGCAACGGGCCAUCAGUAGUCUGACCCUCUCCUCGUCCCCCUGUCCUGCAGUGGUGUCCAGCGUCUAUGUGUGUGUGUGUGUGUGUGUGUGUGUGUGUGUGUGUCUAAGAUGGAAGCUAGUGACUGUACUGACAUCUACAUCCAUGACCGUCUGUCUGUCUGUCUGUCUCUUUCAGUGUGUUUGUUUCUGUGUGUGAGUCUGUGCAGCUGAAUGGAUCUGGUGAAGAAUGUCUUAAGAAAUAUGAUGUAAGAAUGUGUCUCCGUCGCCAAGUUGUGUAAUCACCCCCCCGCCUGCAGUCAUUCACUGUGUGUGUAUAUGUCUGUAUUAUUUUUAUCCUUUUAUUAGAUAUUUUUACAUAAUCUUCAUCCGGUAGUGCUUGUUUGUGUCUGUACGUUUGUACGACGACAGUAUGUGUUUUUCAUUCACUCGGCUUCCCUUCAACCCUCCAACAUCUUGAGUCUCCUCUGCUCGGUCGAUGUGUAGGCGGAUCACCAAUACGGAGCAAAAAAAGACAACUGACGUGUGGCGAUAUGCUCCAAACCCGCAGCACAGAAAACCACUCGGGAUCCCAGGAAAGAAAUGUGGCACCAUCAUAGUGAGGGCAGAGGAGCUGAGCAACUGCAGGGAGUCAGUGAUGCUGCAGUUUUGCGGCAACAAGCUGGACAAGAAAGACUUCUUUGGAAAGUCCGACCCUUUCCUCGUCUUCUACCGCAGUAACGAGGACGGAUCGUUCACCAUCUGCCACAAAACUGAAGUGGUGAAGAACACCCUGGAUCCAGUGUGGCAGGCUUUCAAGAUCCCCGUCAGGGCGCUGUGUAACGGAGACUACGACAGGAGCAUUAAGGUGGAGGUCUAUGACUGGGACAGAGAUGGAGGCCACGACUUCAUCGGCGAGUUCAGCACCAGCUACAGAGAAAUGUCCAGAAGCCAGUCACAGUUCCAUAUCUAUGAGGUGCUAAAUCCGAAGAAAAAAGGAAAGAAGAAGAAAAAGUACCAAAACUCAGGAACGGUCACCCUCCUGUCCUGCCUGGUGGACACUGAGCUCUCCUUCCUCGACUACAUCAGGGGCGGGACUCAGAUUAAUUUCACGGUGGCAAUUGAUUUCACAGCGUCGAAUGGCAACCCGUCCCAGCCCACCUCGCUCCAUUACAUGAGCCCGUACCAGCUGAACGACUACGCCAUGGCACUGCGGGCUGUCGGGGAGAUCAUCCAGGACUACGACAGCGACAAGUUGUUUCCUGCACUGGGCUUUGGUGCCAAGCUUCCCCCAGACGGACGAGUCUCGCAUGAGUUUGCCCUGAAUGGUAAUCCACAGAACCCCUACUGCAGCGGUAUCGAGGGGGUAAUGGAGGCCUAUUACCAGAGUCUCAAAUCUGUGCGUCUCUACGGACCCACCCACUUCUCCCCUGUUAUUAACCAUGUGGCCAGGUAUGCUUCAGCAAUGACGGACGGCUCCCAGUACUUCAUCCUGCUCAUCAUCUCUGACGGUGUGAUCACGGACAUGGCACAGACCAAGGAGUCAAUAGUCAACGCCGCGUCUCUGCCCAUGUCAAUUAUAAUAGUCGGGGUUGGACCGGCGGAAUUCGAUGAAAUGAUCGAGCUGGACGGCGACGAGGAGAGGAUCUCCUCCCAGGGACGGUACGCCGAGAGGGACAUUGUUCAGUUCGUCCCUUUCAGAGACUACAUUGACCGGCGAGGAAACCACAUCCUCAGCAUGGCUCGUCUGGCAAAAGAAGUGCUCGCCGAAAUCCCAGACCAGUUCCUGUCCUACAUGCGGACCAGGGGCAUCAAGCCCGGGCCCCUGCCACCUCCGUACACCACCUGUCCGCCGCCAGCUAUCCACCCGCUCCUCGCCAGACGGGUAAGCCGAAUUUAAAGGCUGAAGCUUCGCUCGGACGCCAGCCGGCCAGCCAACCCCGUUGGCUUCUGCUCUCUUCUUCUCCGAUUCUUCCUCUUCCUGCUUCUCAACGGAGGCUUUUUCGAGCACAUGGUGAACCUCGCCCGCUCUCUCAUGUUCCACUUUCGGGAACGUUUUGGCUGUCAGAGGCGACGCGGAAAGACCCCGAUUGGGACGCUUGCCUCCACUUUUGAGAAGGAGGGACUUUCCCCUCACUGGACGGAGGUGCAGGCUAUGGAGAGUCGUGGCGGUGGUUGAGGAGGGGGGUGGGGGGGGUCACCUGACUGCACCACAGAGACUGAACAGGACAGUAACUGACCACUCGCAGCCGUCCGACCAAAAGGGUCCAAACUGUGGAGGCCCCCUUUUGUUCGAAGCACUGCUCAUCUGUUUUGCUAUUUUCUAUUUCCAUUUCCCCUGUUCUCUCACAAAAUGAUAUGUACAUGUUUACAAAGUUGAGGUCUGGAAUGGAGACGUUUUUCAGGAAGAACUUUAUACCGAUUAAUGUGAAAACCUUUCAGAUUCCUAUUUUUUGCGGCCGCAGAAUACUGAAAGUCGGGACUUUGUACUAAAGCGGUUCAGGCCCCGGUGCCACAUUCUUCAUAACGGUGUUUUUUUGUUGUUUUUCUUCUUUUCUAAAUAAAUGGAGCAUGUGCUAGUUAAAGAGACGCAUGCACUCAGGGCUUUGUCCCUCCCACACAACCCCCCACCAACCCCCGCCACCACCACCACCACCACUGUCAUGUUCCAUCAAGAACAAACCCAUCACCCGCCUCAAAUCUUCCCACGCUCAUACCUUCUGCCCCGUCCACCUGCCUGGACUCAGGGGGAAGCUGUGCUCCCUGGGAGUCUGGUCAAAUCUCAUGCAGCAGGGACUCGAACCAGCCUUACUCUUCGGUCGGAAAAAAAACGCUAAUAGGUACCGUGUCGUCCGUGGGUUCUGGAAAUGUGGAUCUCCAAGCCCAGAAGUCAAAAACACACAUCUCACUACCGAACCUGACCGUGUGUGGCGUUUUAGAGUCUCUUUAUUUUCGCCAAAAAAAAAAAAAAAAUAACACUGUAUUUAGAAUUGUAGCAUUUUAUUUUUGUUUGUGUCGUUUUGACGUCUCUCUACCUCACACUUUGGUCAGUAUUGCCAAAAAAAAUGUUGAUUUGACAACAAAGUGUUGGCGUGUCAGUGAUUUUUGAUACGCCCGUUCACGAUUUUUAACCUGUCACACCAAGUGUUCACAAAAUAUUUGCCAAACUGUCUUUCUGUCGAAUUACAGCACUUUGGUCGCUAUCAGAUUGGGUGACUCGCACCUCUGUGGUAGCAUCACACUGUUAAUGUGUGCACAGAAAACCGAGACAACACAGCAAAAUGCACACAUGGUUAUGGAUCAAAUUAAUGUGAGCACAGUCUUAUUUUUUUAGCUCCGUGUUGUCAAACGGCAUUGUGACUAAAAGGUGAAGCCAAUAUGUCCAGCAGCAUGUAUCUAAUCAUGUCCUCAAGGGUAAACUCUACAGAAGACCACACUGAGAUUGCUUUUAGCAAUGAAGAGUGCUCUAUAAAUUUAUUCUUAUUAUUAUUAUAGAAGACCCGUGCUGUCGGUAUCAAACACACACGAUCCGGACGUUCAGAGAGCAAAUGAAUCGUUUGCGGUGCAGCGGAUGACAGCAGCUGUUCUUCCCUUCGACUCACAGAAGUUACAACACACUCCAGUGGUAAUCUCCUCCUAUUCCCACAACACCUCUUUAAGCGAUUCAAACUGGUCUGUCAGCAUUGUGCUGUAAUACGGCCUUUUGGAAGCAAGUAAAUAGAAGAGGAAAAUAAACAAGCCGGUCGGAUAUCUUGUGGGUGGGUAAUGAAGCAAUGGAUAAUCGUGCAAUAUUAAAAUGGACACAUAGAGCUCAGGUUUGUGUCUCUGUUGUUUCUGUGGAGGAUUUUGUACACGAGUUAAAGGUGACAUAUUAAGUUCAUAUUCAGGUUCGUACAGUUAAUUUGUGUUACCACUUGAAAAGGUUAACAUAACA